CUCAUUAUUUUGAAAAAUUCAAACAUUAAUAACAUCUAUUUUGCAAAUUUACUCUCAUUUGCAAUAUUAAUAUAAUAUUUUGACAGAUAUUGUAACUCUAUAUAGUUUGAAUUUACUUCCUCAAGUCUGGAUCUAUAUCAUUUACGAUAUCUUUUGUAGUUCUUGCUAUUUUAAUAGUCUUAAGAAAACCAUUUUUUUGCAGUUAAAAAAAGAAAAUACGGAUCACUUGAACACCGUGAAGGCCAUCUGAUUCCUUGAAGUUUCUUCUCGCUCCCUUAUAUGGAAUGAUUUUUUGCUUUUUUACGAUUAUAUAGAAUGAUCAUGAAUAUCCAAAAGCGCAGGAGGCGGCCAGCUAUGGCCACACGUGGCAUUAGCCCAGUGUCAAUAGUCCCUUAAAACAGCCACGUCCCCUUCCUCUUGGGACACGUUUCAAUACCACCAACUGCUCAAUCUGUACUUUUCUUCCUUUUCUUCGUAACAGCACUAGCAGCCUAUUCUAUAGAUCACUCGUUUCUAUCCGCUUACUGGUUUUUGCAAGAUUACCACUUGAGAUCGAUAUAACAUACUUUGUUCUUAUUAAUUCAAUAGAAAGAGAUGGGGAGUGGAGUGAUGACGACGUCGACGAUGGCAGCAGCGGUGGUUGUGGUGUUAUGGGUGGCGGUAUCAGUGGAUGUAGGGUGGUGCAGCGAUGAUGGGAUGAUGGAGAAUGCGAAAGGGAGAAUGAAUAUGGCUGCACGAAAUGUGGAGGUGAAGGCGAAAGAGAUGAAGCAGAAAGCGGCAGAAGCCAUGCGGAACGUCAAGGAAAAGGCCGGCUCCUGGUAUAGGCGGGCUUAUGGAACGUUCUCAAAGGAUGCAAGAGAAAAUAUAAAAGGUAGAGCCUCAAAGACCUCAGAUACAAUGAAACAGGCUGCUUAUGGAGCUUCAAGGUAUGCUUGUGGGAUGAAUGUUGAUGAGGCAGUCAACAAGGCUUGUGGAACAGUAGGUGAUAUAAAGGACUUCAAUUCGGAUCAGGUUAUAAGAAUGGCAUCAGAUAGAGCUAGUGAUGCCAGAGAAAAAGUGGCAGGAGCAAUGGACUACGGAAAAUAUAAAGCAGCUAAUGCCUAUGAUGAUGCUAAUGACCUGGCUUCAUAUUGGGUGGGUGAUUCCAGAGAUGCAAUGGCAGAAGGAAUGAAUUAUGGUAGAAGCAGGCUUACUAAUGCUUAUGAUGAAGCCAAACAAAAAUUAGGGAGGGAUACAAAUAUGGCAUCAGAUAGAGCUAGUGAUGCCAGAGAGAAAGUGGCAGGAGCAAUGGACUGCGGAAAAUAUAAAGCAGCUAAUGCCUAUGAUGAUGCUGAUAACAUGGCUUCAUAUUGGUUGGGUGAUUCCAGAGAUGCAAUGGCAGAAGGAAUGAAUUAUGGUAGAAGCAGGCUUACUAAUGCUCGUGAUGAAGCCAAACAAAAAUUAGGGAGGGAUACAAAUAUGGCAUCAGGUAGAGCUAGUGAUGCCAGAGAAAAAGUGGCAGGAGCAAUGGACUGCGGAAAAUAUAAAGCAGCUAAUGCCUAUGAUGAUGCUGAUAACAUGGCUUCAUAUUGGUUGGGUGAUUCCAGAGAUGCAAUGGCAGAAGGAAUGAAUUAUGGUAGAAGCAGGCUUACUAAUGCUUAUGAUGAAGCCAAGCAAAAAUUAGGGAGGGAUGCAAAUAUGGCAUCAGAGAAGCUCGGUGAUGCUGAAGAGGAAAUGACAGAAGCAAUGGAGCAUGGAAAAGAGAGAUCAGCCCAAGUUCAUGAUGAAGCUAAGCAGCAAUUUGAUAAGGCUAAAGACGCAAUAGCAGAUGCAAUGGGGUAUGAAAGAUGGGACAAGAUGGAUGUCUCUGAUGAAGCUAUAAAAAAAGUCUGCGAGGUAUACUGUACGGCAAAGGAAACAAUGAAGGUUCAGGGGAAGUCCAAGUAUGAAGCUGCCAAGGAGAGGUUGUCAAAGGCAACUGGUGAUCUAGGAGCCAAGAUGAGAAAUGAGAGAGCCGUUGACAUGUAUGAUGAAGCUGAGCAGAAAAUGGGCAUGGCUUCAGACGUAGCCUCGGAGAAGGCUAGUAAGGGGAAAGAGGCAAUGCAAUUAGGAGCAAUGGGGUGCGAAGAGAUGAAUGCCUUUGAUGAAGCUGUAAAUAAUGUACGUGAGGCAUACAGAUUAGCCAAGGAGGAGAGGACUUUUCGAGGAAGGUCCAAGUAUGAAGCUGCGAAGGAGAGAAUGUGGAAGGCCACCGGUGGAUGUUGGGGCGAAGAUGCGGGAGUCUAUUGCAGAUAAUUGAGUAGACCUACCCACUUUCUACAUGGUAUGUGAGUCAUAGACAUUAGUCCCUCUUCAUUGAUUCGCGUCAUAGGGUUCGAAUUCAAGAUGCAUGGACUUCUGAUUUUCUAUUUUCCUUUUACUCAUUUCACUGCACAUGGUUCAGGCAUUGAACUUAUGACAAGAACCUUGGUGUAGUACUAGACUUGGCUAAUGGCAACCGACGGAUUUCAAUAACGUGUGGAAGACUUGCAAAUUCAGGCAGCUGGAGAUAGAACAGAAAUAUUCAUACGCAGAGAGAACUAGAUGUUAUGCUACAAAAUCCUGAAUUAUGAUAAAAUAAUAGUGAGAGAACUAUUCGGAUGAACAAUUAAUGCAAGUCCUAGUGUAGUUGGUAUUAUUUCUUGUUGCUAUCAUUCUUUAACUUUUAUACCGCAUCUUACCUUCUUGCAAUAAAGGUGGC